AUCAAAACGGUACGGAGUCUCGGGGUGAGCGGUCGUGAAACGCUCGGACGCGAUAAAAAGUAACACAAAUAUAUACAUACGCACACACACACAUAUUGAUACAUCCACCGGAGGUGUUGAAUACAUAUAGUUUUACUCCCCGUGCUUAUAUUUGUCGUUUGGUUGACUACUUGCAGAGAUCGCGCGAAAGAAAGUGUUCCGGACAGAGAGAUGUCUUGUGUGAUUUGACAGUGAAGAAAAACGAGUGAAACAUUCGAGAAAAUAUUAAUAUUGAUAUUGGUAGGCAUUUAUACGAAACGCCUCGUUGAAAGUGCAUCUUCAUCUCGGACAAAAAGUGUGCGUGGGAUAAACGAAAUCGAGUGAUUGAGAUAACAGAAAGAGUAACGGGGGACUUUCGAAGGGUACGUUGUGCUCCCCGAGUGUGGGGCGGUGGGACCCAAUCGGGGGUCGGUAGUGACGGAAAAAUAAGGUCGAAAAGACGAGGAGGAUGACGGGCGUCGAGGAUGGCAAAGGCGGGGGCGGUGGCGGCGGCGGUACCGACGUUAGCGCCACCGACAACGUCAACCACCAGAACGGCGGACCGGAAAAAGCUCCCGUUGUCACCGGAACCAACAUGGAGACGCUUCCGCGUCCCGGCAAACAGAGUGACCCGAGCACCGCUUUCCUCAGAGCUGCUAGAGCAGGACAGUUGGAAAAAGUUUUGGAGUACCUUGAAUCCGGGGUUGAUAUAAAUGCUUCAAACGCUAAUGGUUUGAACGCUUUACAUCUUGCGGCCAAGGACGGUCAUUUGGAAAUUGUGAGAGAACUGUUGACACGCGGAGCUAUCGUUGAUGCUGCCACAAAAAAAGGAAACACAGCUUUACACAUUGCCUCUCUUGCUGGACAAGAAGAGGUUGUGCAGUUACUGGUACAAAGAGGAGCAUCGGUAAAUGCACAGUCACAAAAUGGGUUCACUCCUUUGUACAUGGCAGCCCAGGAAAAUCACGAUUCGGUCGUUAAAUUCUUGCUCAGCAAAGGCGCCAAUCAGACCCUCGCUACUGAGGAUGGCUUCACUCCGCUGGCAGUUGCGAUGCAACAAGGCCACGACAAGGUCGUUGCCGUUCUUCUCGAAAACGACACGCGCGGCAAAGUACGACUUCCGGCGCUCCACAUCGCCGCCAAAAAAGACGACUGCAAAGCUGCCGCUUUGCUUUUACAGAACGACCAUAAUCCCGACGUAACAUCGAAGAGUGGAUUCACUCCGCUGCAUAUUGCAGCUCAUUAUGGCAACGAUCGAAUAGCUUCCUUGCUCUACGACAAAGGGGCGGACGUCAAUUUCGCUGCAAAGCACAACAUCACACCUAUGCACGUCGCAGCCAAGUGGGGAAAAAUCAAAAUGGUGAAUCUUUUAAUGAGCAAGGGCGCUAAUAUUGCAGCGAAAACGAGAGACGGACUAACCCCGCUUCACUGUGCAGCGAGGGCAGGUCAUCACGAGGUUGUCGACAUACUCAUCGAAAAGGGAGCCCCCAUUGGUUCAAAAACCAAAAAUGGUCUCGCACCUUUGCAUAUGGCCUCGCAAGGAGAUCACGUCGAUGCAGCGAGAAUCCUGCUCUACCACCGUGCCCCGGUUGACGAAGUAACGGUCGAUUAUUUGACCGCUCUCCAUGUUGCCGCUCACUGUGGACACGUUCGAGUAGCUAAACUUCUGCUCGACCGAUCUGCCGAUCCUAAUGCCAGAGCCCUCAAUGGCUUUACGCCUCUUCACAUUGCCUGCAAAAAAAAUAGAAUCAAAGUUGUCGAGUUGCUGCUUAAGCACAAAGCGAGCAUCGAGGCUACGACCGAGUCCGGAUUGACGCCUCUACACGUUGCAAGCUUUAUGGGAUGCAUGAACAUCGUUAUUUAUUUAUUGCAAAACGAAGCAAGCCCUGAUAUACCGACCGUACGAGGGGAGACGCCACUUCAUCUCGCUGCCAGAGCCAAUCAGACAGAUAUCAUAAGGAUACUCUUGAGGAAUGGUGCGCAGGUCGAUGCUAGAGCUAGAGAAGAGCAGACGCCACUUCACGUCGCCUCGCGUCUGGGUAAUGUCGAUAUUGUGAUGCUAUUACGCCAACACGGUGCGGACGUCGAUGCCACAACGAAAGAUUUAUACACUCCGCUCCACAUUGCAGCUAAGGAAGGCCAAGAAGAGGUCGCAUCCGUUUUAUUAGAAAACGGCGCUUCGCUUACCGCUACAACUAAAAAGGGCUUCACGCCUCUCCAUCUCGCAGCUAAAUACGGCAACAUGAACGUCGCGAGGCUUUUACUCCAGAAAAACGCCCCGGUCGACGCCCAAGGAAAGAAUGGCGUCACGCCCCUCCACGUAGCAUCCCACUACGAUCAUCAAAACGUUGCUCUGCUUUUGCUCGACAAGGGCGCAUCGCCCCACGCUAUGGCCAAAAAUGGUCAUACGCCCCUUCACAUUGCCGCCCGCAAAAAUCAGAUGGACAUUGCUACGACUUUGCUCGAGUAUGGGGCAAAAGCUAACGCUGAGUCGAAGGCCGGCUUCACUCCGCUUCAUCUCAGUUCACAGGAAGGUCACACCGACAUGUCGACUUUACUGAUCGAGCACAAAGCCGACACUAAUCACAAGGCUAAGAAUGGACUGACGCCGCUACAUUUGUGCGCACAAGAAGACAAGUUCAACGUCGCGGCCAUACUCGUCAAAAAUGGGGCCCAAGUUGAUGCUAAAACGAAGGCGGGCUAUACACCUUUACACGUCGCGUCACACUUCGGUCAAGUCGCCAUGGUCCGUUUCCUUCUCCGAGCCGGUGCUGUCGUUGACAGUAGCACCGGUGCCGGUUACACUCCGCUUCAUCAAGCUGCUCAACAGGGUCACACUCUCGUCAUUAAUUUGCUUCUUGAAAGCAAAGCGGAUCCCAAUGCGGUCACCAACAACGGACAAACGGCGUUCGCGAUCGCACAAAAAUUGGGCUACAUCAGUGUCGUCGAGACUCUCAAGGUAGUUACCGAAACGAUAAUCACGACAACGCAUACAGUGACGAUCGAGGAGAAGUAUCGAGUUCAGGCCCCAGAAUCAAUGCAAGAAACCUUCAUGAGUGACAGCGAAGAUGAGGGUGGUGGUGAUGAGAUCGGCAUGGCGACCAUGAAUGUCUAUGGACAACCGCCACACGCGCAACACGUGUACCUCCCUUCCUACUACCAGGGCCAAAUGACCUACACUCGCGAAGAUCCGAUGCUCAGCGACCAACAGCAAUAUCGUUACAUGACUGUUGAUGACAUGAAGUCUAUGGGAGAUGAUUCUAUGAGAGUCAACGUCACUGACGACGAAAGAGACAAUCGACAUUCUGCGACUACCGUUACCGAAAUGAUUACGAAGGAGAAUUAUCAUCGCACGAGCGCGGCCAAUACGAAGCCGGACAACGUCGACAUAAACAGGCAUCCUGUGCACGUCGGAGCGUCAAUAGAGUCCUUAAAUUCGUCGCUGGCUGCCCUUGGUAUCGUAUCAAAAGGACAAGGAAUGUGGAGGGACAGCUUUUUGGUUUCGUUCCUGGUCGAUGCCCGUGGAGGAGCCAUGCGUGGUUGUCGACACAGCGGCGUUCGCGUGAUUGUUCCACCGAGAAAAGCUGCGAUGCCAAUGCGAGUCACGUGCCGAUAUCUCAAGAGGGAUAAAUUGACAAAUCCUCCACCUCUGAUGGAGGGCGAAGCAUUAGCGAGUAGGAUCCUCGAACUUGGACCAGUUGGAGCCAAAUUCUUGGGACCAGUUAUUAUCGAGGUACCACAUUUUGCCUCAUUGCGAGGAAAGGAGAGAGAAAUCGUUAUUCUACGGUCGGACAACGGAGAAACUUGGCGCGAGCACACUUUGGAAGCCAGCGAGGAGGCUGUCCAAGAUGUGCUAAACGAGAGCUUUGAAGGAGAAGAAUUAAGCCAGCUCGAGGAUCUCCAGACUUCACGAAUCGUCAGAGUUCUUACAGUCGAUUUCCCUCAUUAUUUCGCGGUGGUUUCGCGGAUAAGGCAAGAAGUUCACGCAGUCGGUCCAGAGGGUGGAACAGUUUCCUCAUCGGCCGUGCCACAAGUUCAGGCAGUUUUUCCACCAGCUGCACUUACGAAAAAAAUCAGAGUUGGCUUGCAGGCGCAUCCGAUACCGGCCGAGCUCGUGGCUAAGCUUUUGGGCAAUCGUGUCGCAGUUUCUCCGAUCGUCACGGUCGAACCAAGACGAAGAAAGUUUCACAAGCCUAUCACACUUACAAUACCAGUACCACAGGCGGCGAACAAAGGGAUGAUAAAUCAAUAUUCCGGAGAUGCACCGACCCUCAGGCUCCUUUGCAGUAUAACUGGUCGUUCAGGGGGUCAGUCUCGGGCGGUCUGGGAGGACGUGACCGGGUCAACACCAUUGACAUUCGUCAAAGAUUGCGUCUCAUUUACCACCACCGUUUCCGCACGUUUUUGGCUUAUGGACUGUCGAAACAUUACCGAGGCAACGAGAAUGGCUACCGAACUUUACACCCAUGCUACACAUGUACCGUUUAUGGCUAAGUUCGUCGUAUUCGCAAAACGUGUCGAUCCCCUGGAAGCAAGACUCCGUGUUUUCUGUAUGACCGACGACAAAGAGGACAAAACUCUGGAACAUCAGGAACACUUUACGGAGGUCGCCAAGAGUCGAGACGUCGAGGUCCUGGAGGGUAAGACUCAGUACAUGGAAUUCGCUGGAAAUCUAGUGCCCGUGAUGAAGAGCGGUGAACAAUUGCAAUUGCCAUUCCGAGCGUUCAAAGAAAAUCGUGUACCGUUCACCGCAAGAGUCAAAGAUCCCGACGCGGCUGAUAUGGUCGGACGAAUAAUGUUUAUGAGUGAACCUAAAGUUGCUAAAGGCGAACCACCACAAACACCAAUAUGCACCCUGAAUAUAUUAUUGCCUGAAAAAAUUUCACCCGAAGCCGCCCAUUCGGAGCUCGAUCUUUUGGAAUUGUCGAAAAAUUACAGCUUUUUGAGGGACGGAGGCAUAAGCAGGCCUGAUACCAUACACAGAGCAACCAUUCGUUUGACUGAUAUUGCGAAUUUGUUGGAUCGCGAUUGGGAAAAAUUGGCGGAAGAAUUAAAUAUAUCGCCGAACGAAGUGGACACGAUAAAGAGUGAACAUCCUGGAAAGCCUGCGCUUCAAGCGGCGUCAAUGUUGAAGCUGUGGCAGGGCAACGGCAACAAAGCAACAGGAAACACACUUGAAAAAGCACUCAACAAAAUAGGCCGUGAAGAUAUCGUCAAAACUUGUAUAUUCAAUGUUGAACUCGUUACCGACGAUGUCGAAAAAGCCGUCGCGAGAGUAAGACUCGAUCAAAAAGGAUUUGAUUCGUUGAAAGAGGAACUGGGGCCCUCGAGAGAUUCUUCUCUCAGACGCGACGGUACUUUGGACCCGAAAUUGGAUCCAGACUACGAGGAACCUGAUCGAAUGAGGGAUUCCGAGUCCGUUGAAGAUCUCAGCAUGGGCAACGUGACGCGCAAACCGACUAAACAGCAUGUCACUAUCACGAACGGCACUGUAUUCAACGGUACCUCGACCCCCAUAAAAGACAAAUACGCCAGUGAAGAAAAAGAAUUUUGCGACGAUAUGGCCGACUAUGUUGCCCACAAGUGUCACGUAUCGGAUACUAUGACGAAAAAGUCGGUCGACGUACCUGACGACGACGAUAAUAAACGUCAGAGGGUUUACGAGGACGCCAACAGACUAGUAACCGGUGUUAUACAAGACGCAGAAAAUGAGAAGGAGAAGUUAGCGAAGGAAGGGUGGUCGGGGGUUUAUCAUGAUGAUGCGCGAUCGAGUAAUGAGGCAGGAGGUGCUGUAGGCCAGCGUUUAGGUCGUCUCGAUGAUAUUAAUAUUGCAGAUGAGCCUGACUUCGCUCGAGCCACGAGUGCUAGAAAGAUCGGCGAUUUUGAACGUUCGAUUACAAAAGAAAGUAGGCAAAUAGGGGGUAAAGAUGAAUCUAAGGGUACGGUAGUCUCGACGAGAACAAUUGUUACUACUCAAGGUGAUCCGGAGUCUGGGCAAUCCGUUAUUACGAGGACAACUACCGUUCGUGAGUACGAACGCCCGGUCGUAACUGAAAUAACGAGUGAAUCUGUACCGAUACGGAAAACGCAUUAUUUCGGUGACAGCGAUCCGGUUAUCGGUUUGACUCAGGCUGAUCCGAUCGACGGUAAAAUAACUGUUUCUACCGGUCCCACAACCACCGAGCGCGUUAUCACGAAAACUGUCGUUACGAAAGGUCCGAAGAGCGACGAGAGGAUCGUCACAGUAGUGGACAGUCGCUCGAAAGAGUCUCCAAGCGUUGUCGAAACGAUUGCCGGUGAUGAUCGAGCCAAGUUGCACGGGCAAACGGUUUCGUUUGACACAAACGUUACAACCGAUCAAGCCACAGAAAACGCGGCCAAAAGCAUCGCCAAAGUCUUUCCAGACUGCGCUACGAUGCUGGCCGAAACGGGCGGCAAGAGCCUCGAGAGCGAGAAGGAAAAAUUGUCCAGAGAGGACAAAGAAGUCGCUGAAAAACCACCAACAGGACAAAUUGACCCGUCGGCCAAGUCCAAGGAUGUCAAAGGCAUUCUGAAAACUGAUCCUAGAAAAAACCUAGAGAAAGAUCAGCCAGCCGAUGAUGGCAAACAAUCCGCUUACGAAGUCGUGUACAAUGCUGCACAACAAUCGGCAGCCGAUGGCAAGGACAAAAUUGACGAUGAAUCUAAAAAACAAAAAGACAAGUCCGCCGGAAUUUUCAGCGGUAUAUUCAAAGGACCGAAACUCAAGAAAACCAAGUCGAAAGAUUCGAAAGACACCUCUUUCGACAGCGGGGACGAAGAAACGAAGAAUCUUACGACGAAACUCCUCGAAGAUUCCAGAAAAUCUACGGACCAGCAACCGCUGCAAACAGCCAGUAAAAUUAUUAUUUCCAUAUCACCACCUACUAUCGAAGUCUCUGGACCAGAGUUCAACGUGAGGAACGCCACAGCCGAUUUUCUUGAAGAUUCCAGGCGAUCCGCUGCUCUUUUUCACUCUCAUCUGGACGAAACCGCUCAGAAGAAGAGUGAUCCGAUGGUGGAGACGACUAGCAAAUCAACUGAAGAGAUCAGAGGAACUUCCGCCACCGACACCGAUGACGAUGAUGAAAAAAAAUCAAAACCGGGCUUUUUCUCCAGCCUCUUCCGAAGCUCGAAGCCGAAACUCGAGGAGAGCAUCGACGCCGCAGCAGACGAUGCGAAAAAAGCCGCUGAAAUGGCUGAAGAAAAGAUGAAGAAAAGUGGGAAGGACGCUAAGGAUGUCACAGAAUCCAUGCAAAAGGUCGGAACGAAGAUUCCCAGUGGUGCAAAAACCGGCGAAAAGUCUGUGACCAAUGGCACGAAAGAGCCCUCGCACGGAGUGAAAGAAGCUAAAGAGGAUUCGAAGAAACUUAUCAGGGAUGGCGAAUCAACGAUUGGAGAACAAAUUCGUCUCAUCGACGAGGAUAUUGCAGUAACGAGUGAUGCCGUGAAGGACCUUGUCGAGGAACCCGUUAAGUCCGGUAAGAAGAUGGCAGGUGAUGCGAAACGCUCCGGCGACGAGAUUAAAUCAACGAUCCAAACGACCCUCAAGAACGUCAAAGAUAGUGUAGCGGAUGGUAAGAAGCCGGAGGUGGCUACGGACGGGUCGAAGGACUCCGAAGAUGAAGGCAAAAGCGGAGGCUUCUUUGGCAUUUUCAAAAGUCCUAAAGGUAAAAAACGUAGCCGAUCGAAGGACAAGGAUCCCUCGAAACACGAGUCGUUUGACAGCGGCGAUGAAGAGCUCCGAAUCGCGACUGGAACCUUCCUCGAGGACACGAGAAAAGCUGCGGAAAAAAUGCAAGUACCAGCGAUAUACGAAGUGGAACGAAGGAACGAAGGUGACGGGAAAAUGGACAAAUUUGUCACGACCCUGGAGGCCACCUCGGACACACCGCGGGACAAAGUCGACAGCUCUUUGUACGAUGUCGCUUUGGCGAAAGAACAACCCAGAGACCAAGAGAAACAUGGCGUUGAAAAGUUAGCCACGAAAGUGUAUUCUACGUCGAGCAAAAUAAUCGAAAAGCCUCAAGAUUCAAGAGCCGAUAAGGAAAAUGGCAUAUCGACUAAGUCUCCACCAGCAUUGAUUUCCGAAGUUGCUUCGAAAGAUAACUCGGACGAUUUAGAAGACUCGCAAGCGUCCGACGAUGGCAAACAACGGACCUUCUUCGGUAUGUUCAAAAGCCCCAAGCUAAAGAGCAGGAAGAAGAGUCGUUCGAGGGAACGCAGCACAUCGAAAGAAGCAUCGUUCGAAAGUGGCGAUGAGGAACAACAACGAGAAGUGAGGGACGCGACUACCAAGUUCCUAGAAGACACGAAACGCACCGCGGACACUUUGUACGAAUCGGCGAAGGAAGAGGCUUCCCCGAACGAGAAGACGAAGCCUGCGCCCUCGGAAGACGUUAAAGUUAAAACGGGUAGUCUGGACAAGCGUGGCGCGAGCCCGGCCAUUGACAGCACCACGGUUGAGGCAAAAGACGCCGGUACGGUGGGAGUAACUGCGGAUGAUAAGCCACAAGACACCACCGAUGUGAAAGAAAAAGGUGGACUUUUCGGAAUCUUUAAGAGCCCGAAAUCCACCCUCAAGAGAAGAAGCAAGUCACGAGAAAAAAGCUCAGCAACCGACGUUUCCUUUGACAGUGGUGACGAAGAGCUGAGAAUUGCAACGGGCAAGUUUUUGGAAGACACGAGAAAUGUAGCCGAUUCUUUAGCGAAGCCAUACGAAGGGUCUCUCCCACGGGAUCAAGACGCAAAAGCCGCCGACGGACUUGGGGAAAAGGAAUCCGUAGACAAAGCCGAAGACAAAUCUCACGACAAAGAAGGAGGCGGCUUUUUACAAGGGCUUCUCAAAGGCGCUAAGCACGUGGUCGAAGAGGUUUCGGAUGACGUUAAAGAAUUUUGGGAUGAUACGAAAAAAGAAGCUGCCGAGGAAGAAAAGCAAGCGCGUCAUGCCGUUGAUGAAACUGGAAAAUCAGUUGCGAGCACUGUUGACAAAACUGCUGCAAAAAUAGUCGAAGUUAAAGACAAGGUCAAAGAGACGGCGUCUGACGAAUUGCAGAAAACCGUCGAUCACGGAAAAGCAGCGGAAAAACAUGCUUCGGAGAGGUUGACGGGUGCGAAAGAUGCGGUGAUCGCCGGCGUCGAAGCAACCGGGCAAAAGGUUUCCGACGGAGCAGCCAAAGCCGCGAAAACCACGAGCGAUGCGGCUGGAAAAUUGAGCAAAGAUACCAAAAAGGCCAAAGAUGCUGUCGGCAAAGAGAUCGAAGAAGAUGCUAAAGCAGUGAAAGAGAAAUUAUCCGCAGGAGUCGAGACCGUAACUGAAAGCGCAGAUGCCGCGAAGGAGAAAGCGGUAAAAGAUGCCAAGAAAGCGAAAGCCAAAGCCGGUGGUUUCCUCUCUGGCAUAUUCAAAGGUUCUAAGCACGCCGCGGAUGAGGUUUCAGAGGACGUCAACGCGUUCGUUGAAGAAACUGCGGACGAGGCGGCCAAAGAAAAAACGAAAAUUAAACAAGCCACCGAUGACGCUGCAAAAUCUCUGAAAGAUGCUAAAAGUGAAAUUGUUGCGGAUGUCAAAGAUACGAAGGACAAACUCGCCGUAAAGGUGUCCGAUGAUCUUGAGAAAGUCAGUGACGAAGCAAAAGAAGCGAAGAAACGAGCAGAAAAAACGGCUUCUUCUACCGUAGAUUUAGUUAAAAGUGCCGUCAAAGUGACGGAAGAAAAAAUAGUCGAAUCUGGUACGAAAGCCGACAAAGCUGUAAAAGAUGGAGUAGAAAAGGUAAACGCUGACAUCCGGUCAAGCAAGGACGCUGCGAGUGAAGAAGUCAAAGCAAUGAAGGAAAAAAUCAUUGCUGAAGGAGAAGCUGGUCUUGAAGCUGUGGACGCUGCUAAAGAAAACGUCGUAAAAGAUGCCAAGAAGACUAAAGCAAAAGCUGGAGGAUUUUUCUCCGGCAUUUUCAAAAGUGGAAAACACGCUGCCGAUGACGUUGCUGAGGAUGUCAAGGAGCUCGUCGAUGAGGCGAGGGAAGAAGCGUCGAAGGGUGAAGAACAAGCACAUCAAAUCGCGGAAAAAAGUGCGGAAGCUGCUAAAGAUGCGAAAGACAAAGUGGCGGGAGACGUCGCUGCCGGUACAAAGAUAAUCGUGGAGAAAACCGAUGCAGCGGAAGAUAAAGUUGAGGCUACGAAAGAUGCAACGACCGAUGCAGCGAAAGCAGCUGGCGCCAAAGUCGUAGAAGCUGCCGACAAAACAGCGAAAACGGCAGCAGACGCGGCUGAAAAAUUGGCCAUGGACGCUGCUCGUACCAAGGAUGCAGUAAUUACUGAAAUAAAACAAGACGAAAAAGCCGCGAAAGACAAAAUUGUAACGAGUGCUGAAAACAUUGUGGACAGUGCAGAAGCAGCGAAAGAAAAACUGGGGAAAGACGCUAAAAAAGCCAAAGCCAAAGCUGGUGGUUUUUUGUCUGGCAUUUUCAAAGGCGCUAAACAUUCGGCAGACGAAGUUACUGAAGAUGUGAAAGAUUUCCUCGAGGAGACGAAGAAAGAGGCUGCGAGGGAAGAAGAAGAAGCGAGGCGUGCUUUGGCCGAUGCUGAAAGAGCAGCUAAAGAAAAAGCCCAAGCUGCUAAAGAUACAGUCGUGAAGGAUGCUUCGGUAUCCAUGCAACAAGUACUGGACAGUAGCAAAGUUGCAGAAGAGCAUGUCCAAGACAAUCUCAGUGCUGCCAAAGCUGGAAUAACCGAUGCAACGAAAGAAAUCGGAGAAAAAGCGUUAGAAACCACGACGCAUGCUGCAGAGGCGUUAACAACUGAAACACAAAAACUUGCUGAAAAAGCUGAUAAGGCCAAAGAUGCUGUUAGUGAAAAACUGAAAGCUGGCGUUGAGGACACUAGAAAGGAAGUUACAACCGCCGGUGAAGUGAUAAGUGACACUGCACACGCUGCUAAAGACACAGCAGAAAAGGAAGCUAAAAAAGCGAAGGCCAAGGGCGGUGGCUUCUUAUCCGGAAUAAUCAAAGGGGCGAAACACGCUGUCGAAGAGGUCUCUGAAGAGGUUAAAGAGUUUUGGGAUGAAACGAAACAAGAAGCUGCGGAUGAAGAAGAGCAUGCGCGUCAGACGGCAGAGGAGAUUGCAAAAUCUGCAAAGGAUGCUGGGACGAAAGCUGCCUCAAUAAUGGAAGAAACCAAGGAUUCGGCGAGAGACAAAGUUGCUGCUGGUGUACAAGACGCAAUUGACCAUACCAAGGAAGUGGAGAAGCAAGCGGAAGAAAAAGUAAAAGCAACUGGAGAAAAGAUUUCGGAAACUGCUGCCAAGGCUUCAAAAGAAGCAGCGGACGUUGAAGACAAAGUCGUUAAAAUUGCUGCAAAAACUAAAACGGCAAUAAGCAAAGAAAUCAAAGAGGAUGCAAACGCAGCGAAGGACAAAGUGGCUGCAGGAGCUAACGCUGCGGCCAGAACCGCGAAUGCGGCAAAAGAUAAAAUAACGAAGGAUGCUAAAGUUGCUAAGGACAAAGUCGCAGCUGGAGCUAAUGCAGCCGCCAAAACUGCAGAUGCCGCAAAAGAUAAAUUAGCGAAGGACGCUAAAGUUGCUAAAGACAAAGUCGCAGCCGGAGCUCGCGCUGCCGCCAAAACUGCAGACGCCGCAAAAGAUAAAAUAGCGAAAGAUGCUAAAGUCGCUAAAGACAAAGUCGGCGCUGUCGUCAGAACAGGAGAUGCUGCGAAAAAGACGCUUGCGAAGGAUGCCAAAGCAGCGAAGGACAAAGCCGCUGCAGGAGCUGAUGCAGUCGCCAAAACUGUAGAUUCUGCGAAGAGCAAAGUAACGAAGGACGCUAAAGUUGCUAAAGAUAAAGUCGCCGCUGGAGCUAAUGCUGCCGCCAGGACAGCGGACGACGCAAAAGAGAAAAUAGCCAAGGAUGCUAAAAAAGCUAAGGGAAAAGCUGGCGGUUUUCUGACAGGAAUAUUCAAAGGUACUAAACAUCUUUCCGAUGAAGUAUCCGAGGAUGUCAAGGAACUCGUUGACAACACUGCUAAAGCUGAGGAACAAGUUAAACAGGUAGCUCAAGAAACUAGCAAAGGUGUUACCGAGACCGCAGACAAAAUAGCAUCGGACAUUGGCACGACUGCCGAUGAAGCGUCAAAGGAAAUUUCCAGCGAAGCAAAAAAAGCAGUAGAUGGUGCUAAAGCAAUGGAAAAACAGAUCACUGACGCUCUAUCGAAUGGUUCUAACGUCGUGACGGAAUCAGUCGAUAAAGCAAGUGCCGAUCUCGUUAAAGGGAAAAACGAAAUGAGCGAAGCCAUUAAAAGCGAAGGAAAGUUGGCCGCAGAUAAAACCAUGGCUGCAGUGGGAACCGCUGUUGAUGCUGCUGACGCGGAAAUAGAAGACAAAAAAGAGAAAUCGAAAGGAUUUUUCUCUGGAAUGAUCAAGGGCACGAAACAAGCGGUCGACGAUGUGUCGGAGGAAGUUAAAGAAUUAUUGGACAAAACUAAGGAAGAGGCUGUCGAAGAAGAGGAGCGGAUUCGCAAAGCAGCCGAAAAAACUGUACAAGAUGUCGAAGACAAAGCAAUCUCCAAAUUACAGGCCGCCAGAGAUCAGACGGGCGAUAAAAUUUCUUCGGCUACACGUGAAAUUUCAGACGCGGCUGUUGCAACGGGAGAGAAAGUUUCAGAUGACGCAAGUAAAGCGGCAAAGGUAACAGCCGGUUCUACUGAGAAGCUGCACAAAGGUGUGGUCCAGAUGAAAGAUGAAGCUGAUAAGAAGCUUAGGGAUGGCGCGAAAUCCGUGAAAGAGGGAGCCGAUUCAGUAUCUCAGACAGUGGUUGAAACGGCAGUAGCCACGAAAAACAAGGUGGCAAAAGACGCCAAAAAGGCGAAGGGGAAAGCUGGAGGCUUCCUAUCAGGAAUAUUCAAAGGUGCUAAACAUUCGGCAGAAGAAGUUUCUACGGAUGCGAAAGAUUUUCUCGAGGAAACGAAACGCGAGGCAUCAGCCGAAAAAGAACGAGUACAGAGUACCGUAGACGGGGUUGUUAAAGCAGUGAAAGACACGAAAGAAGAAGCGGUCGCUGACGUUAAAAAAGUCGGUGAUAAACUGGCGGAUGAAACUUCAACUGGUGUGCGGAAAGUCGUCCAGGCAAGCGGUGCAGUAAAAGAUGAGCUAGAGAAAAAAGCCACGGACGCUGCCGACAAACUGGUCGACUAUACCGAUGCUACAAAAAAAGACGUUGAAAAAUCAAUCACUUCGGCGAAGGAUGCUUUGAUGGAUGCUGCCAAAACAACCGGAGACAACUUGUCCGAAAGUGCCUCCAAAGCGGCGAGUGCAACGACCGAAGCAGCUCAGAAACUGGGAGACACUGCUGUCGAAAGCACUCGUACACUGAGUGAAAAAGUCGGGACGGACAUCGAGACAAAAAAGGAUGCGGCGGCUAAAGAAGCUGAAGCUGUUGCCGAGUCGGUUGAGCACGCAAAAGACGCACUGGACAAAGAAGCGAAAAAAGCUAAGAGCAAAAGUGGAGGCUUUCUUUCUGGGAUAAUCAAAGGGGCGAAACACGCUGUCGAAGAGGUCUCUGAAGAGGUUAAAGAGUUUUGGGAUGAAACGAAACAGGAAGCUGCGGACGAAGAGGAACGCGCGCGUCAGACGGCAGAGGAGAUGGCAAAAUCCGCAAAGGAUGCUGGGACGAAAGCUGCCUCAAUAAUGGAAGAAACCAAGGAUUCGGCGAGAGACAAAGUUGCUGCUGGUGUAAAAGACGCGAUUGACCGUACCCAGGAAGCGGAGAAGCGUGCGGAAGAGAAAUUGAAAGAAGUCAAGGACUCGGUUGCCGAUGCAGCCGGAAAAACCGGGAAAAAGAUUUCGGAAAGCGCUGCAGCGGGCUCAACAGCCGCGUCCGAUGCUGCGAAAAAAGUGGUCGAAGGUGCCGCGAAAACUAAAGAAGUUGUGAGGGAAGAAAUCAAAGCCGAUGCGGAAGCGGUGAAGGGCAAAGUCGUCGCUGGAGCCGAUGCUGUCGCGAAAACUGCAGAUGCUGCAAAGCAAGAAGUAGCGAAAGAUGCCAAGCUGGCAAAGGAUAAAAUCGUCGCUAAAGUUGAUGCUGUCGCCGAAUCAGCGGAAGCUGCAAAGGAUAAACUAUCGAAGGAUGCUAAAGCCGCCAAAGACAAAGUCGCCGCUGGAGCCGACGCUGUCGUAAAAACUGCAGAUGCCGCGAAAGAAAAGGCGACCAAGGACGCUAAAAAGGCUAAAGGAAAAGCUGGUGGGUUCCUGUCAGGAAUAUUCAAAGGCGCGAAACAUGCGUCGGACGAAGUAUCCGAAGACGUUAAAGAACUUGUUGACGCCACUAAACAAGGGGUGGCUAAGGCUGAGGAAAAGGCGAAGGAUGUCGCCGAUGAAACUGCAAAAUCAGCCAAAGAUGUCAAAGAUAAGGUUAGUUCCGAAGUGAGUGCAACGAAGGACAAAUUUAGAGAGCAAGCUUCUGCCAAUCUGCAAAAAGUUUCCGACGGAGCCAAGGCAGUGGAAGAACACGUUGACGAUAAAGUUGCUUCUGUCAAAAGUGCCUUCGAAGAUUCGAAGAAAGCAACCGACGAAGCGAUCACGGGCGUAUCGAAUCAAGUGGCUGCAGCCACCAAAGAUGCAGUACAGAAAGUGAGCGAUGACAUGGACAGAGCCGUGGACAAGACUCAUGAAAAAAUUCAAACCGGUGUUGAUUCGGUGAAAGAGAAUACCGCUGCAGCAAGUAGUGCUGCCAUCGAAGCCGCUGAUCGGGCCAAGGACGCGGUAGGAAAAGAAGUGAAAAGGGCCAAAGAAAAAAGCGGUGGUUUCCUGUCAGGUAUCUUGGAAAGCGCGAAACACGCGGUUGACGAAGUUUCUGAAGAAGUUAAAGAGUUUUGGGAUGAAACGAAGCAAGAAGCAACCGAAGAGGAGGAACGAGCGCGUCGAGCUGCCGAGGACGCCGCAAAAACGGUUCAAGACGCUAAGAGCAAAGCUGCUUCGGAUUUACAAGCGUCGAAAGACACUUUGAAAGAGCAAGCUUCAGCGAGUGUGCAAAAAGUCGUUGAUGCUACAGCCGCGGCAGAAAAACAAGCCGAGCGAAAAUUGGUAUCGGCCAGAGACACUCUUUCCGAUGCGGCAAAAAUGUCUGGAGAAAAGAUCACCGAGGCGACGACGAAAGGAAAAAAAGCUGUGACCGAUGCUGUCGACCAAUUGAGCACGGACGCAUCGAAUGCCAAAGACGCGACUGGCAAAGCGAUAAAAGAUGGUACGAAAGACGUUAAAGACAAAGUUGUCGCUGGAGCUGAAGCAGUGGCCGAAACAGCUGACGCCACCAAAGAGAAAAUCACGAAAGAUGCGAAGAAAACAAAAGCGAAAGCCGGGGGAUUCUUGUCCGGAAUCUUCAAGGGCGCUAAGCAUGCAGCGGACGAAGCGGAAGAAGACGCGAAUAAGUUAGCCGACGAAAUGAAGCAACGAGGCGCUAGCGAACACGAGAAAGCCCAAGAAGCUGCCGAUGAUUUGACGAAAUCUGUCAAAGACGCGAAAGCCAAAGUGGCGCUCGAUGUUGAAACCACAAAAGAUAAGUUGACAGAAGGCGUUUCAGCAAAAGUUCAAGAAAUCAAAGACCUCGAGGACUCCACGAAACAACAGAUUGAAAAAACUACUCUUUCUGCCGCGGACGCUGUGGCCGACGCAGCCAAAGGAGCCGGUGAAAAAAUUACUCGAGUCAAGGAAAAAAUAACCGCAGCGAGUAGCGACGCCGCAGAGACAAUUAUCGACGACGUCGGAAAGGCUAAGCAAGCUGUCAGCGAGGAAACUAAGAAAGCUAAGGCCAAAGGAGGUUCGUUUUUAUCCGGAAUCUUCAAAGGAGCGAAGAGUUCUGCAGAAGACGUGUCCACCGAUGUCAAAGAUUUCCUCGAAGAAGCUAAGAGAGAAGCUUCGUUGGAAAAAGAACAAGCGCAACUGGGAGCGCAAGAGGCUGCGAAAGCAGUGAGAGAUUCCGCGGCUAAAGCAGUUUCCGAUGUUCAAGGCACUGCACAAAAAGUACUGGAUGAUGCGUCCGAUCGAGCGAAAACGGUGGUUGCUCAAGCCAAAGUAGCCGAAGAGCGACUCGAGCAUGGAUUCACUGCAGGAAAAGACGUUUUGUCAGGCGCCGUUGAAAAAACUGGUGAAAAACUACACGACGCUGCAGCCAAAAUAGAUAAACAAGCAGCCGAUGCCUCACUAGCGUUGCGCGAAGGAGCGGCGGAAGCUGCAGACUCUGCCGGCAGAGCAAUGGAGGAAGAAUCAAAAGCUGCCAAAGCGAAAAUCAGCUCCGAAGUUGAAGCUGUUGAGAAGAGUGUCGACGCCGCUAAAGAGAAGCUAGAAAAGGACGCCAAAAAGGCGAAGGGAAAAGCCGGCGGCUUUCUAUCUGGAAUCUUCAAAGGUGCAAAACACUCGGCCGACGAAGUGGUCGAAGACGCGAAAAAUCUAGUGGACGAAACGAAAAGUGGGAUCGCCAAACAGAAAGAUGGCGCGAAAGGUGGUAUUCAGGAUGCUGUGAAAGCGGUGGAAGACGCGAAGGACCGUGGAGUACAAAAAGUUGCCGAUCGAACUGAAGCAACAAAACAGGAAAUGAAAACAACGCUCGCAACCGCUAAAGACGAUAUUUCGGAUGCAAUGAAAGCGAGCGGAGAAAAACUUUCCGGAGCAGCCGACUCAGUAGCGAAAACAGCGACCGAUGCGGCCAAAAAACUAGGUGACGAUGUUGCCGAAGCUAAAGAUUCCGUGUGCGUUGAAAUCCAAAAAGACAGUAAAGCAGCCGGUGACGCAUUGGCCGGAAAAGCAAGCGAUGCCGCUGAUACCGUUGCCAAAACAAAGGAUGCUUUGGAACAAGACGCGAAAAAGGCUAAAGCCAAAACGGGAGGCUUCUUAUCCGGCAUUAUCAAAGGUGCGAAGCAUGCGGUUGAAGAAGUGUCCGAAGAGGUCAAAGAAUUUUGGGACGAGACCAAACAAGAAGCUGUGCAAGAGGAAGAACAUGCACGCCGAGCAGCUCAGGAAGCUGCGAACGACGCGAAACAUGCUGGAGACGAAGCGAUCUCGAAAAUUCACGAAGCCAAGGACAGGCUAGUAGACGAAACGAAAUCAGGAGCGCAGGAAGUCGUCGACGGUGCGAAGAGCACCGGAAAACAGCUCGAGCAUAAAGCGACCACUGUUAGGGACGAAAUAACGGACGCAGCAAAUAGAGCCGCUGAGAAAAUCUCGGGAGCUACAACCGAGGUGAUAAAAGCCUCGAGCGAGAAAGUGGGAAAAUUGGAAACUGAAGCUGCGAAGGUUAAAGACGAGGUCAGUAAGGAGUCGAAGAAGGUCGCUGAAGCGGCAAAGGCCAAAGUCGUCGCAAGUGCGGACGCGAUUACGGAAGGUGCGCAUAAAUUGGGUGACGAUGCGGAUCGAACUAAAGCUGCAGUUGGCGACAAAGCCGAGGGAGUUCUCAAAGCUGCCAAGGACAGCACCGAUGCGGCGAUCAAAACAGCCGAAAAGGAAGCAAAAGCGGCCAAAGCGAAAACCGGGGGCUUCUUUUCCGGUAUAAUCAAGGGCGCUAAACACGCGGUUGAAGAUGUGUCCGAAGAAGUUAAAGAAUUCUGGGACGAAACUAAGGAAGGAGCUGCCAAGGAGGAGGACGAGGCGCGACGUGCGACAGACGAAGCUGCCAAGAAAAUCAAAGAUGCGAAAGACAAAACUGUUUCGGGUUUACAGUCGAAAGCUGGGGACAUUGCGGAUGGAGUUUCCGCAGUCUCGCACAAAGCUAUCGACGAUACAGGAGAAACGGCGAAAAACAUUCAAGACAAAGUGUCAUCUGGUGCACUCGCAGCUCAGGAUUCGAUUAAAAAAACUGGUGAAAAAAUCGAAGAUGCGACGAAGAAUGCGCUCGAGACGACAUCGGGGAUGGCUACGCGAGUUGAAGACAAUCUUUCCAAAGCCAGAGACGCCGCAGCGUCAGAAGUUCAGAAAGACGUUAAAAUGGCCGAGGAAUCCGUGAGCGCUGGUACCACCGCGGUCAUCGAUGCCGCGGGUCGCGCCAAGGACAAAGCAGCGAAAGAGGCCAAGAAAACGAAAUCGAAGGGCAGCGGUUUCCUCUCCGGCAUCUUCAAAGGUGCGAAGCACUCUGCGGACGAAGCUUCCGAGGAUUUCAAAGAAAUGCUCGAUCAGGCAGAACAAAAGGCAUCGACGGAAGCCAGCAAAGUGCAGCACGCGCUCGGCGACGCCGCUGAAUCAGCGAAGCGCUCGAAGGACAAAGCGGCCUCGGACAUCCGUGCGAGCGAGGAUCAAUUGAGAGAACAAGUUUCAGACAUCGUUCGUGAAGCAACGGACUACUCACUCGCUGCGGAAAAGAAAGCGAAAGAAAAGUUGGCCGCGGCCAAAGAUUCUUUCGUCGAUGCAGUGAAAACCACGGAGUCAGAGGUCGCAGAGGGGGCAAGAGUCGCGGCCGCGUCAGCAGCAGAUGCUGGAGACAAAUUACGCAAAGAUGCUGUCAGAGCGAAGGAUUCUGUUGCAAAAGAAGUGAAAGAAGACACGAAGGCAUCAAAGGAAAAAGUUGAAGCGGAAGCGCAUGCGGCGAAAGCCAAAAGUGGAGGCUUCUUAUCCAGCAUUAUAAAAGGCGCUAAACACGCGGUCGACGAAGUCACCGAUGACGUCAAAGAAUUUUGGGACGAGACGAAAGAGGAAGCGAAACAAGAAGAGGAGCGUGCGAAGCACGCUCUGGAGCACUCCGUUUUGGAGUCUGCCAAACCUGCGGAUGGGAAGGAUAAACCAGAAGCCUCUUCGGACGGUCACAGCAAGCCGACGAAGAAAACGGUCCAAUUGUCCGAUGAUCUCUCGAUCAUAGAGCCCGCUCCUGAUACAAAAACGGCGACGCAAUUGUUUUUAGACGAUUCACGGCACGCGGCUUCGCGAGCUCAGGAAAAAUCGUUGAGCGACGAGUUCAGUGAAUCUUCGACAUCGGAGCCGAGCUCUCCUCGUGACUCCUUGGAACGCGAUGUCACCCUGGGGAAAUCAAAGUCCCCCAAAUCCAAGAAAUCAAAGGGUGGUGUCAUAUCCAGUAUAGUGAAAGGCGCUAAAGGAGCGAGCCACAAAAUAGCUAAAGAAAUCGAUCACGCGACCGACAAUAUAAAAGGCUCGACAGCGAAAUUCUGGGAGGACACGAAAAAAGAAUCGAAAGAGACAUUUGGUAGUUCCGGUAGUUACGAAGUUUCUUCGCCCCUCAGAGAUACUCAAGUUAUCAGAGAAGUCGAUAUCUCUGACCCUAAAUCAGACGCCAGGCUCGAAUCUUUCGGUCCUCUUGACAGGGUAACCGUUAGCGAAAUUACGCAAUCGGGUAAUGAAGUCAAAACGAUAAGUGUUUCUCGCAUUCCGCAAAAAAUCAGUCCGGCCAGGGAAAUAAAGGAAAGCACCGAGAUAAAAGAUAGUAACAAUUCGGAUAGGUUUGUAGCUGGAAUUUCGAGCAAGUUAGAGCACCUCGAGCCUCGCUCGCGUCAUACCGUCACCACAGUCAUAACUAAGUCUGUGCGGACGGCAUCGACCCCACCACCCAGCCCCGCCGAGUUCAGUGACAGUAGCAUUAAAGAUGUUACCGAGGAAGCUGUCAAAAGGGCGCAAAGUCUCGCGGACCAGGCUCGUGCUGUUGAAAAAUCAGGGCAUGAAUCGGCUGAGAUUGAUGGGACUGUAGAGAGGCAUGUUACUUCCGCUCCAACAAAGCAACCCGUUCCCGCCCCACGUCUAUCCGGCAAGACAUCUGCGAAAGCCGAUUUUCGUUUGGAUCUUCAAGAGAGCGCGGCGUCUCCACAUUCGAAAGACUCGAUCGUCAAGCAAUCCGAGAGUGCUAAUAACGCUAGAACUUCCAGUGUCCAAAUAAUCGAAACUCAAAGCAUUACCGAGCAGAUCAUCGGGAAGAGUAAAAUUCCUGUUAAAGUUAAAGAAAACAGUAAAGAAGCGAUGAAGGAUAGUGUAACGAACGAUCGUCACGCAGCGCUGGGUACGAGCAAUGAGCUCGAAGCGAAAUUGCCUGAAAUGGAAGACCGCACCACCAUCGUCGAGACAAAAUCGGUAUCAAAACUCCCGAUCGCAAAGUCGACGCUCGAAGGAGCCGGUAGCGUUGAAAAAUCGCUCGUCACGACGUAUUCGAUUAGCGAAGUUCCCGAUCACGGAUUCGCCAACCCGAGUAUCGACGGUACCACGAAAAUCAUAACAACUGUGACGAGCACUUCGAGCAAAGAAUUCGGUGACCAAGAGUUGGAACGCAUGGUCUCGACGACGCGGACCCUGUCCUCGGAGGGAAUCGAGCCGGAAGCUCUGAAAGAACUUAUGGGCGAUGGAACGAUGACGAUUAAACGGACGACAACAAUAACGACCGGGAGCUCGUUGCCGCCGGAGCUCGAAGAAUUGUCCCAUGGAGCAGGAUCAACGAGAACAGUGACGAUAACGAACGCUGCGCGCCCGAUGAGCGAGCUGGACUUUCAAACGACCGGAGGUUCCCUCACAGGAACGAUUGUCAAGGAAACUAAAUCGAUGAAAGAUGGUGGUGGAUGGACGACCGAAACGAUCGUUACGAAACGAUCGUCAGACGGUAAGAAUAUGCCCUGGGAAAACGUCCGAAGAUCCAGGGAAGAACAGGAACAAUGGGAAGCUCAAUUCUCGUUGGACACCUCGCCUGGUUCCGGUAACGGUGAUAUGUUUACGAAAAAUGGCGAUUCGAGGCACGAAAUGAACAGCGACACAGAUAGCGAAGGUUCGCCCAGGCAAAGACGAAGAUCCCUGAGUAAACGUCGUACUCUCGGAAGUUCUAGCGGCUCGGAUGUCGCCCUACACGAAGGCGCUGAACUCUCUCCGAUGGAGGACGACCAAGAAUCUGACUUUAUGCAACACAGCGAGCCCUCGUAUAUGGAAACGACGGUGACCGAGAUCGACCCUGAAACAAACGAAAGAGUAACGAGAACGACGCGAAUCGUCACGACUUCCGGUCCAGUGGCUGGCGGAGCAACCGGAGGCUCGGACGAACUUCGAGACUCCAUGCAGAAAAUCAUGGAUCAAUUUAUGACCGAGGAAAGAAGAGGACAGUAAGCACGUCCCACUUCCAACCAACGAGAUAGAUUAAUGAAAAUUUAUGAAAAAAACGAAUGGAGAAAAGAUCAUAAGAUAACAAAAACAGUGAACAAACAGAGAAACAAAUGAAAUAAAUUAAACCAAUUAUUGUACGCGAUAGAGAUAAAAAACGGCGAAAAUUAAGGGGAGAAAGAAAAUGAGACAAGUCCUAGUUUUAAAACUCGACGUAAUUAAGGAAGUUUGAAUCGAACUCGAUAUUUCCUCGCAUCGAAAGAUUCAAUACUCCUCAAAAAGGUGUACCUGUACAGCGCAGGUAAAUCGUACGUUCACAUUGGCCUAGGCUUUCGUAAUUCCACCAUACUUUUUUAUGUCUCUUCCUUUUCGUAUUCGCUUUGCGUUUCAAUGUUUUCGUCGAGCAAAACUGUAAUUGCUAGUUCGACUAGCUCCCUGCUAGUCUCCACUAAGCCGACCCGUCCGCGUUCAACGCUUUUUUCCUUGCGCCGAAACAAUUAUAAUAAGCUGGAAAAGGGCACGAGAACAUUUUUAACUCCCGAUAUAAAAUUAGCUAAAUGUAGCUAAAGAAAGAUUAAGAAAAAAAACAACAAGCAAAAAAGAAGAUGAAUAACUAGUAAUCAUGAAUGGUAAGGCGCGUAUCGCUUCGUACGAAAUGUAUAAGUUUUCAUACAUCUAAGAGUCGUUCGACGUUCGGUUAUUUAUUAUUAAUAUUAUUAUUAUUAUUAUUACUAUUGUAAACCGAAAAAAUAAGGCACCGUAAAAGCGUGUUUAGAUGCUAUUCAUGAGUCUCGACGAGAGAAAGAGACCAACCUUGUCGCAAGCACGAAUUAAUUUAAAGAGAAAUGAAACAUGGAAAGCCGUUUUUUUCUCUUUUUCGCGACAAGAAAUGAAUCAUUUUACUAAAAAUCAUGAUGAAAAAUAAAAUCAAGAAGAACAGUUCAAGAAAAUGAAAUGUAAAUUUGACUUAUUCGAGAAAUAUCUUAUGAACAUUUUCAAUUGUGUAUAUUGCCAUUAUUUUCUUAGUAAACUUAUACAAGUGUACUCUUACAUAAUACUAUACUCUCACGAGCAGCAACAAAAAACCGCACACAUACACACACACACACAACACACACGAACAUGAACACACUUCAUGAGACAGCAAAAAUUUUAUUUAUGCUAGAAAAAAAAACAAAAAGAUGAAUGAUAAUUACUGUUUUGAAUAAUAUUUUAUUGUAUAAGUCUUGUGAAAUAAUGAUGAAUUAGGCGUGGAGGUAAAUAUACAUAUAUAUUAUAUUGUAUGUUUGAAGAAAAUAAUCAUCGGUGACUUGUCUCUAUAUAAGCUACACAUUGGCAUUGAAGCUUUCGUUGUCACAAAGGUUCGAAGGUUUACGAAAUAAAUACAGAAAAGCGGAUAAAUAAAAAGAUAGGCAUAUGAGAUAUAUAUAUUUACGAAUCUUAUAGAAUUUGAAAAAUAUAUUGUCAUUGAAAUAUAUAAUAUUAUAAUAACAAUAAUAAUAUUAUAUAUUUCGAAAUAUUGUAUUGAGACGAUGAAAGAAAAAAAUAAUGAAAUGACUGCACAUCCAAGAUUUAUAAACUAUAUUGUACCUAUGUCUAUUAUACUGCAUUCAAUAGACUUGCCUAGAGCCCUCCCUUACCUAAGGACCAAAGGCACAAUCACAUGCAUUCAAAUGAAUAUUGUAUUGCUCCUAUAUAGAUUACAGGCAAAGAAAGAUACUUGUAAUUUAAUCAACGUCGAAUUAUUGCGAUACUGGUACCCGAGUGCUCACCAAAACCAGGGUACACAACCAUCUCGAAGCAGAAGCUACGAUAUUUCAUCGUAAAAACAUCUGGGAACAGAAACGAGCUACGAAUUACGAAUACUUGUUUUCUCCGUAAUUUUUUUCUAAGAAGUAAAACACACGCACAUAAACUAACAUCUUUGCGUUGAUAAUUUAUUUAUUCGAAAUUUUUCAUAAACUAGACAAAAAAGUGAAGGCUAUGAUAUUCUCCAACAUACCCGAGAUUCGCAUUUGAUGUACCAGUAUCGCAUAUCCAGCACACUUACGAUUUUUCGUAAUUUUUGUACGAUUUAGUUGAGAUUUCAUGGGCUAUUUACGACAUAUAAACUUACUCAGCGAUCAAGCUUUUUUACCCCCUCUGCUCGAAAACAAACGAAAAACGAAGAAAUUAUUCCAACACGAGAUAUACAAAAAAAAUAAAGAAAAAGAAUGUUUCGUCGACUUUGUUGACGUGCCGCGCUAUGUCAUACCGUUCAAAAGCAGCAAUGGCAUACUGUACUAUUGUGUGAUAGAGCUAUCGAUGACAGUAUAAUAAAUAAAAUGUUACCUCUCGAA